AUGAAAACUAAACACAAGGGAAAAGAAGAUACCAUUACAACAAAUAGACUAUCAAUAGCGAAAGUAGCGACAGAUUUUUACAAAAACUUAUACACGGAGACAGACAGAACAACGCCAGAAGAAGAAGAAAAGGAAGCUUACGAAGCAGAAGUAAUACCUUGUAUACUAGAAUCUGAGGUCACACAGGCUAUAAAAUCACAAAAAAGUGGAAAAGCUCCUGGAGAUGAUAAAAUAUCUAAAGAACUACUUAAACAAGGUCUACCCGCGAUAACUAAAUAUGUGACGCUUCUUUUUAAUGAAAUAAUAGAAACUGAACCCAUUCAAUGGACGAAAUCAACCAUCAUCCUACUACACAAAAAAAGUGACAAAAAUGAAAUAAAUAAUUAUAGACCAAUAAGCCUGAUGUCCAAUCUAUACAAAGCGUUUUCUAAAAUAAUAUCAAAACACCUGGAAGAAAACCAACCGAGGGAGCAAGCUGGGUUUUGCGCCGAUUAUUCUACCAUCGACCAUACUCUUGUUGUGAUGCAAGUACCUAUUGAAAAGCUCAAUGAAUUGGCAUUCGUCGAUUACAAUAAGGCUUUUGAUUCGCUGACAACAGUCCAACUUGAACAACAAGGCGAAAAAUUUAGAGUUCAAAAGGGCGUUAGGCAAGGCGAUCCACUUUCCCCAAAACUCUUCACAGCAGUGUUAGAAAAUAUAUUCAGGAACUUAGGCUGGGAGCAUUUUGGAAUCAGUAUUAAUGGAUUGAACCUAAAUCAUUUAAGAUUUGCCGACGACAUAGUAGUUUUCGCUGAUAAACCAAGCAUACUACAAACUAUGUUACAACAAUUAAAUGAUGAAAGCAGAAAAGCAGGUUUAUCAAUGAACCCAACGAAGACUAAAGUAAUGACGAAUGCAAUAAAAGAAAAUAUAGUAAUAGGUCAAGAAAAUAUAGAAUAUGUAGACGAAUAUAUUUAUUUAGGACAACUUAUUUCAAUAAAAGAUCAGUAUUCUAAUGAAAUAGAUAGAAUAUGCAACACUUGGAAACGGUACUGGUAUCUAAAAGAAAUAGUUAAAAAUAAAACAAUUCCCAUGGCAAUAAAAACCAAAUUAUAUAAUACUUGUAUAUUACCAUGUCUUACUUAUGGAUGUCAAACUUGGCCUACGACGAGCAAAAACAAUCAAAAGCUAGUAGUUUGUCAACGCAGCAUGGAAAGGAGCAUGCUUAAUAUAAGACUACCAGAUCGAUGGACAGCUUCAAAAAUAAGAAAAAAAACAAACGUCAGUGACGUGCUACAAAAAAUAAGAAAGCUUAAAAGGAACUGGAUUGGACAUAUAAUGAGGACUAACAAAGAAAAAUGGACUAAGGAUGUAAUAGAGUGGUAUCCGAGAAACGGGAAAAGAAAACGAGGAGGUCAAGUUAAAAGAUGGGAGGACGAUCUGCCAAAAGGAUGGAGAAGGUCUGCCAAGGAUAGAGAGAUGUGGAAACGAUUGGGGGAGGCCUAUGUCGACAGACAACCUGACCAAAGUGGUUGCUAA